GAGAAUAAUCAAACAAGUGAAGAUAACUGAUAUCGAACGUGGACAACUUUACCCAAAAUAGUAUAAAUUCCCAUCAAUCCGAUUCGCUAGCUACAUCCCCCCAUUUGCGCAACUUUUUUGAUUGUUUUAAUUGAUUGUGAAGUUUUUAUAAAACAUUUCCAAGUUACGAUAUGUGUGCAACUCGCUGCGUGCAAUAAAAGUAUGAAUAAAUUCUGCUAUUUUGUAACAGCAAAUAUAUAAAUAGCUAAUUGCGAGUGUCGUGUGUACUUCUAGCGGAAGAUAAGGAUAGACGGAUGUUAGAACGGUGGAUUGCAGAAGCAGAGACGACAAUCGAACGUGAUGCUGCGUUUAUAUAUGCUAUGUAUAUACGCAGAAGCUAUAUUCACGCGAAGAUUUCUCGUGAAAAAAAUCGAAAAUUCUUUGCAGAUCAGGCUAAUUAAACAAAGCCCUGAUAUAAAUUAGCGACGAUCAUAUCGGUCAUAUAAUUGCACCGACUUUAUACGUAUAAAUUAAGGAACUCUUAUAUGAAUGACAAAAUCGCACAUCUUCCCGAGGCGUUUAAAAACACUCCAGAUUAUCACGUGUCUUCAUUAAAGAUUUAAUGAUAUUUUCAACAUCGCGCAACAGGAGUCAUGAAAUAGUCGAGUCAUGAAAAACGUAUGGAAUUAAAUUGAUGUUACGUUGGCACGUAUUUUCUAUGCGUGAUCAUGCGUGAAUGACAGAACGAGGCGGCGGGAUUUUCUUAAUUUCUCCGUUUCGGCAGGAGGCAGCGUAGCCCGCGUAGCCCGCGUAGCCCAUCUGACGAUGAAACGCAAUUUCGAAGAUGCGGGAGGCAAGGGUGACUGCGUGCUUCCUGGGACGAGAAGAUCGAUAGAAUACAUGCGCGCCUGACCACGUCGCGACGCGCACGAGUUCUCUACGCAAUCUGUGUUGCAAACGUCUGCCUCGAAGUUGUGCGUUUUUCGCGAGGUGCGGUCAGGUGCUUUGUGACGGCUGUGACGCUUGCGACGCGAAUCAAGCCGUACCGUCGAUGAAACUGUGCGGAACGCGUAAGCUUCCUAUCAGUGCUAUCGGAACAUCCCGCAUCAUCGUCCCGCUCGCGCCGCGACGGAAUUAAUACCUACGCGCACACUGACCUAGAAACGCUAAACUUCACGGGACGUCAUCGUUGACAUCGUUGUUUCUCCCCGAUAACAGAUCCGGUGAGUCGAUUUUUUCGGCUGACCUGUUAAGAGACAACUGAUUACGAUGCAAGCGGAGAAGAGUGAUACUGAUACUGAGAAAAACGAGACUCUCAACGAUGUAACGACUUCGGUUACGAAUGAGGUAACAAAUUUGAAGAUGGAAGACGGUUCAACGAGUUCGACACCGAGUAGUCCUGGUAGCACUGAACCAGGUAGCUUUUUAGCGAGCUUUAAAGCGUUCUCCAAAUUCGGUGAACCAAAGAGCGAUGGUAAACUGAUUACGUUAAGUCAAAGUGACAAAUGGAUGAAGCAAGCGAAGGUGAUCGAUGGAAAGAAAAUUACUACCACCGACACGGGAAUUUAUUUCAAAAAGCACAAAUCCACAAAACUCGGUCUCGAGCAGUACAAAACGUUUCUUGAAGAAUUGACUAAAAGUAAAAAAGUGGAAUUAGCGGAAAUAAAGAAGAAGAUGGCUAAUUGUGGACCACCUGGGUUUACUGGGGGCGCUAGCGGAGUUGGAAAAGCAGCGUCGACAGUUGACAGACUUACCGAUGUCAGCAAAUAUACCGGCUCUCAUAAGCAACGUUUCGACAAGACAGGAAAAGGUAAAGGCAUAGCAGGUCGAAAAGAUAUAGCAGACACAUCCGGAUACGUCCAAGGCUACCAAAAUAAAGAUACGUAUAAAGGCCAGUAGUACUCAUCUGAUUGCUCCAAUAAUAAAUAUCUUUAAAAUCAUGCUGUUAAAAUCGUGUCUGAACGCAAUAUGCACAUUCAAAUAGUCGCUACACGUUGUUAGCGGACUAAAUUUCUUUACUGUAUCAUCAGCGAUCUGACAGAUGUAUCUUGAAUAUUAAUUUCACAAAAUUUGUCAUCUUUGAAAUGUAUACUAAUUGUAAGAUAGCAAUAUCGUAAUUAAGAACUUUUGGCAAAAUGAUAUGUUUGAUAUUAUGCAGCAAUCCUUUUGAAACUUUUGCUCUUGAUAUUAACAUUGCAUUUUUCGCAUAUAAAUUUUCCGAUAA